ACAAAACAAAUUGUGGCUCCAUCUCAUUCAAUUUUAUCUAACUCAAUGGAAUUUAAUCAAGCUUGAGUUAAAGCCAGCUCAGCUGCAGUUAGGUUGACGCCUUGGAUUUCAGCGGAGCUUGUGAAUUCGCCACUCCCAACUCUGAAUCUGGUUAUUCUUUUUUUCUGUGGAUGAAACUGUUGUCAAUUUUAUGUUUGAUGUUUCAAAUGUGAUUCAAAUCGUUGAUACCCAUCAUCAUGGUUAAAUCAUCUCCACAGUUAGUGAAUGAAGGAAGCUCUAGCUUCCUUCGGGCAGCCAGAGCCGGUAACCUAGAAAAGGUAGUCGAAUAUCUCAAUGGAAGUCUCGACAUCAAUACCGCAAACAUGAAUGGGAUGAAUGCCCUUCAUUUGGCAUCCAAAGAAGGCCACACAGAUAUGGUCAAAGAGUUAUUAAAGAGAGGAGCCAACGUAAAUGCUGGUACAAAUAAAGGGAAUACAGCUCUUCACAUAGCCUCGCUUGGUGGUAAACUGCAAGUGGUUGAGAUUCUUGUUGACAACGGAGCCAACGUUAACUCUAAAAGUCUCAAUGGUUUCACUCCACUUUAUAUGGCAGCUCAAGAAAAUCAUGAUGCAGUAGUCCGAUAUUUAUUAGCUCAUGGAGCUAAUCAAAGUAUAUCCACAGAGGAUGGAUUUACUCCUUUAGCCGUUGCAUUGCAACAAGGACAUGAUAAAGUUGUUUCUAUUCUUUUAGAAAAUGACUCCAAAGGAAAAGUUCGACUUCCUGCUUUGCAUAUUGCUGCUAAAAAAGAUGAUUGCAAAGCAGCCGCUCUUCUCCUCCAAAGUGAUCAAAAGCCUGACGUUACUUCUAAAAGUGGUUUCACUCCACUCCACAUUGCUGCACACUAUGGAAAUGAAAGUAUCGCCACCUUACUUUUGGACAAAGGUGCUAAUAUCAAUUUCACCGCUAAGCACAAAAUUACACCGCUACAUGUUGCAGCUAAAUGGGGAAAAGGUAAUAUGGUUGGAUUGUUGUUGGACCGAGGAGCUCAAAUUGAUGCAGCAACCCGCGAUGGUCUUACACCUUUACAUUGUGCCGCUAGAAGUGGACAUGAACCUGUCGUUGAUUUGUUGCUGAGACGAGGAGCUCCAUAUUCAGCAAAAACCAAAAAUGGAUUAGCACCUCUUCAUAUGGCCUCUCAAGGAGAUCAUAUCGACUCGGCUCGAACUUUACUUGCUUACAAAGCACCUGUGGAUGAUGUUACAGUGGAUUACCUUACACCUUUACAUGUUGCAGCUCACUGUGGUCAUGUUAAAGUUGCUAAAUUAUUACUGGACCACAAAGCUGAUGUCAAUGCACAAGCUCUCAACGGAUUUGUACCUUUACAUAUUGCAUGUAAAAAGAAUCGACUCAAGGUGGUUGAGUUACUUUUGAAACAUGGAGCAUCUAUUGAAGUUAAAACAGAAUCUGGUUUAACGCCCUUACAUGUAGCAUCGUUCAUGGGAUGUACCAAUAUUGUCCUAUUUCUUAUUCAACAUGGAGCCAAUGUCAAUAAGUCUACUAUUAGAGGUGAAACUCCCAUCCAUUUGGCUGCUCGAGCUGGUCAAGCUGAAAUUAUUCCAAUUCUGGUUAGAAACGGAGCUCAAGUUGAUGCAAGGGCAAGAGAGGAUCAAACAGCACUUCACAUUGCGUCACGUUUGGGUGAUGUUGAGAUUGUUCAAUUAUUACUUAGUCGUGGAGCGUCCAUCGAUGCAGCUACCAAAGAUCAAUACACAGCUCUUCACAUUGCUGCUAAAGAAGGAAAGGAAAACGUUGCUGAUGCUCUUCUUGAACAAGGAGCAUCGCUUACAGCAACAACCAAGAAAGGAUUCACUCCAUUGCAUUUGGCAGCUAAAUAUGGCCAGUUUAAAGUUGCAAGAUUGUUACUUGAAAAAGAUGCCCCUGUUGAUGCUCAAGGAAAGAAUGGAGUUACUCCUCUUCACGUGGCAGCUCAUUAUGAUCAUGUUCAAGUUGCUUUGCUGUUAUUGGAAAAGAAAGCAUCGCCCCAUGCAACAGCCAAAAAUGGUUACACACCUUUACACAUCGCUGCGAAGAAGAAGCAAAUGGAGAUUGCGACUACACUAUUAGAGUAUGGAGCGAAAUCAAAUGCAGAAUCGAAAGCUGGAUUCACACCACUGCAUUUGGCAGCUCAAGAAGGACACACUGACAUGGGCGAACUAUUGAUUAGUCACAAAGCCAAUGUCAAUGCUAAAUCUAAGCUUGAACUAACUCCUCUACAUUUGAGUGCCCAAAGUGAUAAAGUUGGUGUUGCCCAAGUCCUCUUAAGGAACCGAGCUGAUGUAAAUGCUCAGACAAAACAAGGAUACACACCACUUCAUGUCGCUUGUCACAAUGGAGCCAUUAACAUGAUUAAGCUUCUUAUUCAAGCUGGAGCUAAUGUUGAUAUUACAACUCAGCAUGGUUACACUCCACUUCAUCAAGCUGCCCAACAAGGACACACUUUGGUCAUUAAUUUACUGCUUGAUUCUAAAGCCUCACCAAACAAGACAACCAAUCUUGGUUACACUCCAUUAGCUAUUGCCCAAAAAUGCAAUUACAUUUCAGUCGUUGAAACCCUUAAGACAGUGACUGAAGUCACUACGACAAGUAUUAUCACCACAACUACCGGUGAAAAGUACAGUUAUAAUAAUCCCGAGACUAUGCAAGAAACAUUCAUGACAACUGAUUCUGAAGAUGAAGGAGGCGAAGGCGCUGACAACUGGGCUAAAGUUAAUCUCAAUUAUGAGAAGAAUGAUGGCACUGAAUACAAUAAACAUGACGAAUCAUUUGGAUUUGAUGUUACUCAUGAUGAAUCUGGGUCCAGAGCUGGUGACUUAUCGUCUCACGCUCCAUUGACAGUAGAUGAAAGUAUCUCACCAUCUCACAUAAUCAUGCAAGAAUCCAUCAUAAACAACUUUACUCCCGACAAUAUUGACAUCUCUCGGCCACCCACGUCCGUUGGACGAUUAAAGUGGAAAACGUUCCUUGUGAGCUUUAUGGUUGACGCUCGUGGUGGAGCCAUGAGAGGUUGUCGUCACUCAGGAGUCCGAAUAAUUAUUCCACCUCGCAAAGCUCCGAUGCCCAUGAGGAUUACUUGUCGUUAUCUGAAGAAGGAGAAGUUGAUUCAUCCUCCACCUUUGAUGGAAGGUGAAGCCUGUGCUUCAAGAAUUUUGGAAGUUGGCCCUUCAGGAGCUAAAUUUUUAGGGCCUGUGAUUAUUGAGGUUCCACAUUUUGCAUCAAUGAGAGGAAGAGAGCGUGAGAUUAUCAUCUUGAGAAGUGACGAUGGAGAGAACUGGAAAGAGCACACUUUAGAAGCUUCAGAGGAAGCUGUUCGAGAUAUUCUUAAUGAAAGUUUCCAAGGAGAUUCAGACUUAAAUGCCUUGGAACCAGAAUUUUCAUCGGAUCGUAUUACUCGCAUAUUGACAACGGACUUCCCUCAAUAUUUUGCUAUUAUUACCCGAAUCCGUCAAGAAGUGAAUGCCAUGGGACCAGAAGGAGGAAUGGUUAAUUCAUCGGUUGUUCCUCAAGUUCAAGCAAUUUUCCCUGCCGGAGCUCUCACUAAGAAGAUCAAAGUUGGACUCCAGGCUCAACCGAUUGCCUCUGAAUUGGUUGCUAAAAUGUUAGGUAAUCGUGUUGCCGUGAGUCCAAUUGUUACGGUGGAACCUCGUCGACGUAAAUUUCAUAAGCCAAUCACAUUGACCAUACCUGUACCUCAAGCAGCUACUAGAGGAAUGAUUAACAGUUACACUGGAGAUACACCAACAUUAAGAUUGCUUUGCAGUAUAACAGGUAGUACAAAGUCAGGAGGAACAUCUAAAGCUCAAUGGGAAGAUGUAACUGGAUCUACACCUCUAAGUUUUGUCAACAAUUGUGUUUCAUUUACAACUACGGUCUCAGCAAGAUUUUGGUUAAUGGAUUGUCGUCAAGUCAAUGAAGCUACCAAAUAUGCUACUGACCUUUACCGAGAAGCAACUGCUGUUCCAUUUAUGUCUAAAUUUGUUGUUUUUGCUAAACGCCAUGAUCCUGCUGAAGCUCAAAUGAGAAUCUUCUGUAUGACCGAUGAUAAAGAAGAUAAAACGUUAGAACAUCAAGAACAAUUUACUGAAACUGCAAAAAGUCGUGAUGUUGAGGUGUUGGAAGGUAAACCUCAAUACCUUGAGUUUGCUGGUAAUCUGGUUCCAGUAACAAAGUCUGGUGAACAAUUAAAUCUUACCUUUAAUGCUUUCCGUGAGAAUAGGCUUCCCUUUUUGAUUAGAGUACGAGAUUCAUCUCAAGAACCUUUUGGUAAAAUUGCCUUUAUGAAAGAACCGAGAAAAACUCGAGGUGAACCUCCACAAGUGCCAAUAUGCAACCUCAACAUCAAAUUACCAGACACAAUUGUGGAAGAGGAACCAUUAAAUAAUCACAAUGAUGUCCAAAUAAUCAGAGAGACCAUCCAAAGAUCAGCAAUAGAUGAUGAUAUUAUUUUGAACGCCGAUCCAUCAAUAAUGCAAAUGGGACAAGAUUUAGCCAAAGACUGGAUUAAAGUUGCCUCUCAUCUUGAUCUUGAUCCUGGUGAUACAGAAAAGAUUAAGAAACAAUUUGCUAACCAAGAAAGUGAACAAGCCACAGCAAUGUUGUAUUCAAUUAAUCUUAAAAAGUCAUUAUUCAAUAACAAAGAUCUUUGCAAAGCUUUAUGGGACAUUGGAAGGAAAGAUUUGGUCACCAAAUAUUAUCCCAACCAUAGUCAAUAUUUAGCUGAAUAUGGAAUCAAAUUAAACGGUAAAUUAGAUGAAGCAAAUGAAAUAAUAAAAAGCUCAAAAGGUCUUCCAACUGAACGUGAAGUUGCAUUCGAUGAUAAAGAUAUUAUGAAGGACGCUGAAUCAAUGGAGGAAAGUGAAGGAGAAAGUGUUGGAGUAAAUGUACCCACAGCAGCAGCUAAUAAUAAAGUGUCUCUUCAAGAAGCCAGAGGGCAAGAAGAUGAAGAAAGGGAAACAGCGGUUAAACAAUACCUGAAAUAUUUGGAAGACGAGGAUCGUGAAGAUUCGGAAGAAAGAGCUGCAUAUAGAGGAGAAAAAUCAACUCCAAAUGAAUUAUACAUAAUUAAAGAAGAAAUUCAAGUUCCAACUGGUGAUCCUGUUAUUGAUACUACUGAUGGUGAUAAAAGUUCCAUCCCUGAACCCACCUAUGAAGCUGAAUCGCAAAUAAAGACCGAGGAAAAGGUUGAAUUUACCGAUGAAGGUGGCUUGACUCACUCCAUUACUCAAGUCACAAAGACCACAAUCAUUCAAGAAGUUGAAGAUCAAAUCCAAGCAUCAGUUCAACAACGUCUUCAACAACAACAACCCCAAUCACAGCAACAGCAACAACUUUUAGAAUCUGGUAAACCUCUUGAAAGCGAAACAUGGCAAUCGGGUGAACAGGAUACUAGUCAAGUAUCAGUUUCGAGUUUACCUGAGGAUGAAAAGUCUGAGCCAACAACAGCGACAGUAUCUAGUGCAACCACGACAACGACUAACGCAAGUGAAAAUGCCGUUUCUUCCCGCAUUGCAAGUGUCACCGAAGAGCCUGGAACCAAAAUAACUGUUGAACAAAAUGGAAACUCAGAUAAAGAGGAAUACCAAUUGAUUGCGGAGUCUAUUCUUCGUCAAGUUUAUGAUGAGGUUUUUGAACUUAUUCGUACCAAGAAGAUCACAAUUGACGAUAAAGAAUGGUUUGAAACUGAAGCCUCCGGUGAUGUUGUUCACAUAAUAGAGCAAAGCACGACCUGUGAAAGAAACGAGGAUAAAAGUGUUAAGGAAGAAAAUGACCAUGAGAUGAGUUAUACAGAAAAGAAAGAUUAUUUUGCCAAAUUAUCGCACGAUUCCACCGUAAAGCCGGUUCCAUCAACACCUCACUACUAUCGUUCAUCGUCCAUUGAAACAUCGGGAAUGAAUAAAGGUGAAAGGCGACCCUCUGAAGGUGAGAUUGUUGAGACUGUUGGUGGAUUCCAGGAGAGAAGAGCUUAUUUCGAGUCAACUGGUCGUCGAUCCUUUUCCAUUGACACGGCCAGUAUGGAUGAAGCUCGAACAGCCUACAACACUUGCUUAGUUCAACGGUCAAGUCAACAUGCAGAUUCAGGGUUAAAGGAGGAAGAUGAACAAGUGGACGAUAUCAACGGUAACUUGAAUUUAUUACAUGAUUAUGGUGGCAAUUUAGGUUGCAAUGUUUCUCAUGUUGAUGUUGAUGAGUUUAAUGAAAGAGCGAGUAACUCUCAUUACAUGUCAAAAGAUGAACUAUAUCAAGCUUUAAAUCAGUUAGAAGCAGAAAUUGAAUUGGCUCAAAGUGACCUCGACAAAGUUGACAAAGAAAAUGAAGAGUCAAUGAGCCAAACAAGACUUGAAUCAAACGCGAAUGAACCAAAGAGUUUUGAAAUGAACGAUAAACUUGACGUUAGUGCAUCAACUUUGCAUCAAGUUUCCACUGAAGAACCUUCUAGUCUUGAUAAUGAUGAGGUUCGUGAAAACAGAUCAUCAUCGGCAUUGGGAUCAAGCUCAAUGCGACUCAUUGUUCGCAAUCGAACAGAUGUUUCAGUAAAAGAUUUCCCUGCAAAUGAAGUUGAUGUAGAAACAGGUGAAAUAGCUCGACUUCUUGUUCGUCCCAUUUCUCGGUCAACCGUCCAAACAACUGAUCCUGAAACAUCAACGAAUGAAUCGGUUGUGUAUAAAGUGUGGAAGGGUCUUGACCCAGUUGAAAGGUGUCCAAGUCCACUUAGACAACAGUUUAGUCGAGCUUUACGUGACACUGAACGUGAUCCAGAUGAUUGUGUUUCUGGUAAGUCAAGUAAUCCCGAUAAAGACGAUAAAGUUACCACACUGAAUCAACAAAUCGCAAUUGUACAACCCAUCUAUCUAUCAAAUUGGAAGUCAAUGAAAAACAUUUUAACUGACGAAGGUCUUGACUUGAUAGGUCAAGCAAUUGAAAUUGCCUUAAUCCAGAUACCAAGUGAACAAGGUUAUCCAAAGUAUUAUUACAUUGGUCGUGAAUUGAUCAAGUCACUUGUUGAAGCCAGUCUUGAACGAGUACUUUUCUAUGCCAUUGAAAUGGUUAGAGUUGAUUGCGUUGAAUCAGGUUUAAUUAGUUUAACUUCACCUUCCAUUCCUGGUUUAUCCUCUGUUCCAAUCCCUUAUUGGCUUCCUCACGACUCCUCAACAUUCCCCAAUCCCAACCACUUGACCAAAGACACUUGGUUUAGAUUGGUUGAUGUGCGAAGUGUUGCCACUCAGACAACCCUUCGCACAAACCAAAUUAGUCGCUGGAUUCAGACAAAUGUUUCAUAUUUAAACCCAUCAUGGAAUGGUUGUGAAUCAAUCCAUAGAUUUGGUUCUCCUGGUGUUGAUAGUGUUCAAAGUGGUGCAAUUGAAUGGUCUGGGAAAGGGUCAGGACGUCGACGUCCAUCAGUGUCAACCUUUAGAGAUUCAAUUGAUGACGAUUCUUUUCCAAUGUCAAUCGAUUAUCGUCUUUCUAGUUGGGCUGCUGAUAGAGCAACUCAGACAACUUCGGAAGGAGAAUUGUUUUCUGAAGAGUAUUUUGAUGUUGAUGAUAUGGAUGUUGAUAGUUUAAAGUCUGAACUUGGUUCAGUUUAUGGAGAAGAUUCAAGCGAUGAAAUGUCUUCCAGUGAACGUCAGCGUUAUGAAGAUUUAAUUGCCGCUAAUGAAGCCAUUGAAACAGGUUUAAUGGCAUUAGUUGCAGGCGAAUUGGCACUUCUAACAGCAGAAAUAGCCAAUGAUGAGAUUAAUGAAGAAGCCAAUGAAUCAGAUUCAUCAAGUGUCCCUCCCUGUAUCUUGUAUAAAGGCAACGAUAUUCCUUGGCUUGACGAUGAGGGUUGGGACAGUGAUGAACAGCGCUAUACUUGCAAUGGCAAGCCAAACAGCUUGUCCAUUCGUCGUGAUAGUCGCUCUCAUGGAUCUGAUACUUCCAAUGAUUGUUUGGAUAAUAGAUUAUCUGAUGAUGAUGGAGAGAAAGAAAAUAAAUCUGAUGUUCAUGAAAAGCUAUAUGAGAAGCAGUUGGUUAAACGAACCUUAAGAUCGGCUUCUAAACGAUCCUCAUCAAGUGAAGGUUCAGUUUCAUCUGUUGGCUCACAAACUUGUGAACAGGAAUUUGAAGAAAUGCCGAAAUAUCUUGAAACUGAUCUUGAUUCAGUUGAAAUUAUUGAUGGGAAAAUCAGUUUUACUGGUCAACAAGGUUCAUCAGCAUUUACCAAAGUUAAAAGUAUUAAAAAUUCAAAUGAUUUGGUGAAUAUUGAUUAUCCUCUUGAGUCAGUUAACGAUGAAUAUGAAGAUAAAUAUUUAUUGCAAGAUUCCAUUUCAGGUUACUUGGAAAAUGAAGACGAUGAAGAUGAAUUAAUCUAUGAAUUGGGAACGAUAUUGAAUUCUGAAAAUGCAGUCUCAAACACUCAUAGUUGCGAUAAAAUGUUAGAACCUCAAAUUACUUCAUUGGUUGAUUGUUUACAAGAAGAUUUUGAAGAAAGUCGUAAAGAAUCAAUGGAAAAGACGGAAUUGAAACAAAUUGUUGCCAAAAAUGAUAUCAUUCAGUCUUCAGAAAUUUUAGGUCAAAGUGUAUCAAAAGAAGCUGAUUUAGUAGGAAAAUAUGACAUUCAACCAGCUAAUGAGUCAGAUAAUGAAGAGACUGAAUCACAGUCUGAAUAUGAAUCAGCAUAUCUUGAUGACGAUCAAGAACAAGAUUUUAAAGACGAUGCACAAGUUGAUUUAGAUUUGAAUGAAGAGGUUGAACAAAGAAAUGACACUAUUUUUCAAUAUCCAUCAUACAUAAUUGCCGAAUCUUCAGUAUCUUAUAUUGGUGAUUCCUCAGAAGAUAUUCCACCUUCUGAGGAUUACAAUUGGAUUCUCAGUCAAUAUGGUUCACCUUCUGUUCAGAAAAGCUUUGGAGUUCCUUUUAUUAGACCCGAAUCUUCAAAAAAUGUUGUUAAUGAAGUAGAUUCUUUCGAUUCAAUGACGCCUCCUGAAGAAAUGGAGGAAAAACAAAGAACAGAAUCACCAGAAUUAUUUUAUGAAGAAGUUUCAUCUAAUUCAGAUUCAGAGAAAGAUAAUCAAAUAUCUGAUCAGUUUUCAGCUUUGAGUGAAACUCCAAAAACUUUUGAUAAAUUUGCUCAAGAAUUUGUUUCUUUGCAAAAAUAUGAUGAAAAUAAUAAUUUGAUAUUAAAUGAACAAGAAACAGCUAACGAUAUACAAGAAAACUCAAGUCGUAGACAAAUCUUUGAAGAAUUGAAUUCAAAUGAAGAAUCAAUCGGAAGAGCUGAGUUGAAUGAAGAUUUGAACUUUGAGGAACUGGAUGCUGAGAUUAGUCAAUUGGUAUCUAGUUAUGAUGGAUACGAUGAAAAAGGAAAUGAAAAAAAUCUUGUUGACUCUGAUUGGUAUAAUUACGAUCAAGAACGUUAUGAACAGAAUCAGCUUGACUUCGAUUAUGAAAUGGAAGCCGAUUCACCUUCAAGAUAUCGUGAGAGUUACUUGAGGAAACAAUCAUCAGAAGAUAUUGAACCAGAUUAUGAAGAAUACAUGAAUGAAAUCGAAAUGAAAAAUGAAACUUCAACAUAUGCAAGUCAAGUGUUAGGUGCAAUAAAAGAUAAAAUCGCAACUCUUUUGAAUCGUCCAGUAAUUCUGAAUGAUGAUCAAGUAGAUGAUGACAUGUCAGAUAACUCAUCAACUCAGCUAGACGAGAAUAACAACGAUAUCGGUGAACAUGAAUUGAUGGAAAAGAUCUCACCAUCGUUCGAAAUUUUACCAAAAAUGGAAAGUAAAGACAAUCUAGAAAAGAAACUAGAACUAGAACUAGAAACUAGAAAAGAUCUGAUCAACAUGAGUAAUCAAAAUUAUCCACAAACAGUUGAAUGUUUGAUGAUGAAUCCAGUUGAGGCUUGUUCCAGCAAAGUCGUAGCGAAGUCUGAUUUCAUCGACAUUAAUAGAGAAGACAAUGAAAAGAUGAGAGAAUCCAAUAUCGAACCAGUUCAAAUGAGUGAAAAUGCAUCUGAAGAUCUUUCAAAAUCAUUGGAUUGUGCAUCAUAUGAACUGCAAGAACAGAUUCCAUCUAAAGAAAUUUCCAAUAUAAGUUCUGAAUCGGACAAUGAAAUGGUGAAAUCGAUCGACUCUAAUUCCAGUGCCAUUGAUAGUGGUUUAAUGUUGAGUCUAAACACAUCAAUAAUCAACACUGAAUCUUUGUUUGUCGACUUCAACUCUGCUCAAAGUAAUGUGUCCAAUUUUGCUUCUGAAACUGAUGUUACUGGUUCUUCUUUGAAUGAAUUUUCUAAGUUCUGUGAAAACGAUGAUCCAGAGAAAUUGAGGCAUGAAAAUACUCCAGAGUUAGAUGCUGAUGUUAAUGCAUCAAAACUGCCGAAUGUUACUUAUGACGAAGUUGUUUCUGCAAGAAAAGAUUCAUCGGAAAGUGUGACUGUCGAUGGAUUGGGUCCAUCUGGAUCUGAGUAUGAUACAGCAACUACUGAUCAAUCAAGUUCAAGUUAUAAAACAGCAAUUCCCUUUUCUUCUGAUGAAAAUUCCUUUGCAACCAUUCAGUCGUCAUCCUCAAUGGAAUCGAUCAACUCAAUUGAAUCGGACAAAUCAAUCAUUCAGACAGAAUUUAUUCCAUCCUUGUUAGAAAUGAGAAUUGAAAAUAAUGCUGAAAACUUAUCAAACGACGAGUUGUAUGACGAAUUGCCUAUUGAAGUAAUGAAGGAAUCUUUGCGGCAUCAAGUCGACUCUUUGGAUACUUUAGCAGAAGAACUGACUGAAGAUUUAGAUGAUGUUAACAAUGAAUAUGAUGAGUUGACGUACUUAGCCGAUGAGAUGCCUGAAGAUGAGAUGAUUGAAGAUGAAGCAGAAGCAGAAGAAGCAAAUUUUAUAUUUUCGGAGGCUGAUAGGUUGAAGGCAAGAUUAUUACAGAUUUUAAAUCGUCCAACAGUAUUACCUGAAUCGAGGUUAGAAGAUGAUGAAAGUACUGAUCUAUCGGAUUCAGUGUCAGAUCAAGUUAGUUUAUCUCUAGGAAUAGAAGAUGAAUAUGAAAACGAACUUAUGUUCUCAGAAAAGGAUCAGUCAGAAACUGCUAUCGAAACAGAAAAUGAAGCCUUAGCAUCUGCAAUUGUUGAAAGUUGUGAUAACUUGAAGCCUUCUUUGGUUGAUACUGUUAGUCCAUACAAUGAAUGCUGGAUAGCUGAAGGUCUAAGCACAAAUGAAAUGCCAAAAUCAACAAGUGAUGAGGAACAAAUCAUGAAUGAAAAUGAUAGUAAGAAUGAAGUUGUAGACGAAACAAUUGCUAAGCAUGACAGUAAAUCAUCAAUAGAUCAAAUUGGUGUUAGUAAAGCAAUAGAGUCAAUCGUUUCGCAAAAUGAAGCACCAGUAUCUGUAAUGGUUGAAAGUAACGAAAACUUGAAGGAACAGAUUUCUGUUAUUGAUACUGUUAGCAUAUGCAAAGAAACAGCCUCGAUAGCUGAUGAAUCGAAUGAUCGAGGUGCAAGGGACUUUUCAUUAGAUCAAGCUGUUGUUAGUCAAUCAGUUCAGUCAAUCGCUCCGCAAAAUGAAGACUCGGUAUCUGCAAUGAUUGAAAGUAGUGAAACCUUGAUGGAACAGACUUCUAUGAUUGACUCUGUUAGUCCGUGCAAUGAGAUAGCCUCGGUAUCAGAAAUUGCUAUUGAAACAGAAAAUGAAGCUUCAACAUCUACACUGAUUGAAAGCUGGGAGAACUUGCGGCAACAGGCUUCUGUGGUUGAUACUGUUAGUCCAUACAACGAAUACUCGAUAGCUGAAAGUCCAAGCACAAAUGAAAUGCCAAUACCCCCAAGUGAUGAGUUACAAAUUGUCGAUGAAAACGAUGAUAAGAAUGAAGCUGUAGAUGGAACAAUUGCUAAGCAUGAAAAUAAAUUAUCAAUAGAUCAAGUUGGUGUUAGUAAAGCAAUAGAUGCAAUCGUUUCGCAAAAUGAAGAACCAGUAUCUGCAAUGGUUGAAAGUAACGAAAACCUGAAGGAACAGAUUUUUAUCAUUGACUCUGUUAGUUUGUGCAAUGAGAAAGCCUCGGUAUCCGAAAGUCCGUGUACUAAUGAAAUGCCAAUAUCAUCAAGUGAUGAAGUACAAGUUGUCAAUGAAAGCGAUUAUAAGAAUGAAUCGAAUGAUCGAGAUUUAAGUGAUUUGUUGAUAGACCAAGCUGAUGUUAGUCAAGCAAUUCAGUCAAUAGUGUUCCAAAAUGACGACUCUGCAUCUAAAAGGAUUGAAAGUUGUGAGAACAUGAAAGAAAAGACUUCUAUGGUCGAUAAUGUUAGUCCAUUCAACGAUUUGAGAUCAAUAUCUGAAAAUCCAAGCACAAAUGAAAUGACAGUAUCAUCAAGUGAUGGAGAACAAGUUUUCGAUGCAAAUGAUUAUAAGAAUGAAGCUGUCGAUGAAUCAAAUGAUCGCGAUGCAAGUGCCUUGUCGAUUAACCAAGCUGAUGUUAGACAAGCAAUCGAGUCAAUCGUUUUGCAAAAUCAAGACUCAGCAUCUGCAAUGAUAGAAAGUUGUGAGAACUUGAAGGGACAGAUUUCUAUUAGCGAUGCUGUUAGCUCGUGCAACGAAAAAGUCUCUAUACCUGAAAGUCCACGCACUAAUGAAAUACAAUCACCAUCAAAUGAUGUUGAGCCUUUCCAAUCAUUUUCUGAGAUCAAACAAAUAGAAACAUUUGAAACAGCACAACAAAAUGAAGUGGAAAACGUUUUAAAAGUUGAAAAGGCUGAGAUUGAUACACAACAGUCUGAUUUAGUUGAGGUGUUUGAAGCACUGGACGCAAAUGUGAGAGAAGAUCUACUAAGCUCUGUUCAAGAGCCAACUAUCGAACUUAAAAAAGGUUCAAUUGCAUCAGAACUUGAUGACAUUGAUGAAGAAACAAUGAAUACAAAGUCACUAAAAUUGGAAGCAGCUACAAUUGAAGAAUCGUCUGUUUUAAUUGAUGAUAAAUUAGAACCGAAUCGUGGAGCAAAUGCUGAAGUAUCUGAGAUCGACUACUUACCAAAAGCUGUAACAUCUUCUAAGGUUGUUCAGGAAAAGAAUGAAAAUGAAUCUUUAGAUGUGUUGAAGGCUAGUUGUAUCAAUGACCAAACUGUUGAUGAGAAAGUUUCGGAGAAUGAAAUGGAGAAGUUGAAAGAAACGGACAAGGAAAAAGAUGAUACUUCUAGUGAAUCAAAGUUUUCAGUUCUAUUGGAAUUAGAGCCAAAGAUAUCUGAGCCAUUCCAUCCAGAUUCAGAGUUAGAACAAUCAAUUAACUUUGAAACAAUUGCCCAGCCAAAUUUGAUAUCUGAAUACAAAAAUUGCCCAACCGAUGUAAUGAGCGAAACAAUUGAGUUAAGUGAUAUCGCGACAAAUGAAAGUAAUUUAGAGUUUAUUCAAGUAGUUGCAUCUGAGCAACAAAAAGUUGAUGAAAUUCAAGAUUAUGCUGAAAAGUGUGAGAAACGAACAACUAUUGAAGAUUCAUUGCCAACAAUUGCACCUUCAGAUGAAUUAAUCGAUGCAAAUUCGCUCAAUAACAAUGUGAAAGAAAAUGAGUCCAUUGACAUUUCGUCUACUGAGCGUGAAUCUGAAAAGCUCAGUUGUCAAACUUAUGAUCAGACAGAAAAGUCUCAAAAUGAAAGUAUUAAAAUUGAAAAAGAUGCUGAAGAUACUUCAAAUACUACUUUCGAGAACGAAUCUGAAUCGAAAACGGUGCCAAAAAUGGACUUAAAAGAGGAAAAAGUUGCUUCCAGUGGCGAUCGAUUCCAACAAUUGAAUUCUGAGUCUGUUAUUUCUACUUCAUCUCAAAUGCUUCCAUGUGAAGUUAGUAUUUUCAAACUUCAAGAAGUUGAAUCAGAAGAGCCAAUUGUUAAGGAUUCGGGAGAUCAAGUUUUAUUAGUACAAGAAGAUCAACUAAAACCACUGGAAAUGUCUGAAAAAACAGAGUUAAUCGAACCUCAGAAUCCAAUCAAGGUUGAAUGUCAUCUGGAAAACUUUGAAGAAACAAUUGAGAAGAAUAUUGAUUCUGUUGUUGACAGCAAAUCUGAGAGCAUCUUUUCGACUGAACUGAGUCAAUCAGAUGAGAUGACGACUUUCAAUGUUGGAAAAGAAUUGAAUUUUGUUGAAUCUAAUUUGUCUCCUUCUCUAGAUAGCGAUAAAUCUACUCUUGUACAAACGAAUGAACCACAAAACUUGAAAAAAGAUGAAAAGCAAUCAGAUUUAGCUGCGAUUUCUUCAGAUAUUGUAAAUAUGCCUGAAGAAAUGAAUCUUAUGGAUGAGAAAAAAGUAAACGAAGCUGUUCCUGAACAAUCGGUUGACAAACCAAAGAAACCAGAGAGAAAAAAGAAAGUAACUAAACCAAAAAUUGAAAUUGCUCAGUCUAGUGAACGAGAAGAGCUAUUGAGUCCAAUUUUAGAUGCUGACCAUGAAGCUGAGGUUAUUGAAAACACAUUCAAAGACGAAAUAAUGCGCGAUCAAACUCAAUCAAUGAAAAGUGAAAAAGAGGUAAAAGAAGAAUUCGAGUCACAACCGAUCGAAAGUGUAUUUAUUGAAAAAACAGAAAUGGAUGCGAAAAUAAGGAAUGCUAAAACAGAUGCAGAUGAAGAGCCCAAUAACAAAGACUUAAGUUUGCGUACAGAUGAAAAAUCGGAUUCUAAAACUGUUGAUAUUAGUCGUAUAAGUUUAAAGGAUUCAGCAAAAGCUUCCGAGAAGCAAAUAGAUGAUUCAAACACUGUUGAAGUUGAAAAACUUCAAGGCAGCAUAGAAGUUAUUAAGGGGCUGAAAGUAGAUCCAUUUGUGAAUGCAGAGUCAGAAACUGCCUUUGAAACAGAGAAUCCAACCUCAGUUUCUACACUGAUUGAAAGUUGCGAGAAUUUGAGGCAACAGGCUUCCGUGGUUGAUACUGAGAGUCCAUUCAACAAAUGCACAAUAGCGCAAAGUCUAAACACAAGUGCAAUGCCAAUAUUAGCGAGUGAUGAGGUACAAAUCGUCGAUAAAAAUGAUAAUAAGUAUGAAGUUGUAGAUGAAACAAUUGCCGAUUGGCAUGAAAAUAAACCAUCAAUAGAUCAAGUUGGUGUUAUUAAAACAAUAGAGUCAAUCGUUCCGCAAAAUGAAGAACCAGUAUAUGCAAUGGUUGAAAGUAGUGAAAACCUGAAGGAACAGAUUUCUGUUAUUGAUAAUGUUGGCAUAUGCAAAGAAACACCCUCAAUAUCUGAUGAAUCGAAUGAUCGAGAUGCAAGUGACUUGUCAUUAGAUCAAGCUGUUGUUAGUCAAUCAGUUCAGUCAAUCGUUUUGCAAAAUGAAGACUCGGUAUCUGCAAUGAUUGAAAGUAGUGAAAACUUUAAGGAACAGAUUUCUAUCAUGGACUCUGUUAGUUCGUGCAAUGAGAAAGCCUCGCUAUCCGAAAGUCCGUGUACAAAUGAAAUGCCAAUAACAUCAAGUGAUGAAGUACAAGUUGUCGAUGAAAACGAUUAUAAGAAUGAAUCAAAUGAUCGAGGUUUAACUGAUUUGUUGAUAGACCAAGAUGCUUUUAGUGAGUCAAUAGUGUUCCAAACUGACGACUCUGCAUCUAAAAUGAUUGAAAGUUGUGAGAACUUGAAGGAAAAGACUUCUAUGGUUGAUACUGUUAGUCCAUGCAACGAAUUGAGCUCAAUAUCUGAAAGUCAAAGCACAAAUGAAAUGACAGUAUCAUCAACUGAUGGAGAACAAGUUUUCGUUGCAAAUGAUAAUGAGAAUGAAGCUGUCGAUGAAUCAAAUGAUCGCGAUGCAAGUGACUCGUCGAUUGACCAAGCUGAUGUUAGACAAGCAAUCGAGUCAUGCGUUUUGCAAAAGGAAGACUCAUCAUCUAAAAUGAUUGAAAAUUGUGAGAACUUGAAGGAACAGAUUUCUAUUAUUGAUGCUGUUAGCUCGUGUAACGAAAAAGUCUCUAUUAAAACGCCAAAAGUAGAAGUAUUCGUCAAGGCAGAGUCAGAAAUUGCUAAUGCAGCAAAUAAUGAAACUGUUAAUGAAGAGAAAGUGUCGAAUGAUGAUUCUGAGGUAGAAAUAGUUUCUAAACAACGAUUAUUAGAAGCUAGCAAAUUGAUUGAAGAUCCAAAAGUUAACAAAAAGAAGGAUUCAGUAACAAAGAGCAAAGAAAGUAUCGAGAAAAUAACGUUAAAUAACGAGUCUAUUAACACUUUGGCUUCAGUACUAUUUGAAGAUGUCGAACUGCGUCCAUCAGACAUAAAUGAAACCAAAACUAUCGAUGCAAGUGAAAUAAUUGAGAGCAAUUUAGCGAAACCAUCUCAGAUUAAAGUUACAUUUGUUGAAUCGCGAGUCAAAUCAGAUCUGUUUGAACAGCCAACUGAAACAACUGAGAAACUUACGAUUGACAAUAGUGAGAAAUCAGUUUUGGAUAAAGUCGAAGUGCAAAGAAGCAAUUUAAUCGAUUCUGUUAACAUUGAAAUUCAACCAACAAUUCUUAUUAAAGACCAAAUCAAAACAGAAGAAGCAAAACUGUUAGUUGACGAAUCCCCAUCAGAAGAAAUAACUGAUUCGCAGGUUGAUAGCUGUGCAGCUAACUUAGUUUCUCUGGAACCGCAAAAAAAUAUCGAUGAAAAUGAGAUGCAAGUCAAUUCUGCAUAUCAAGAGAUAGCAAAGAAUGAAAUCGAUGUAGAUUUGGCGGCGAACGCAAAAGCUAAAGCAAGUUUACAUGAACAACUCGAAGAACCAAGUGCUCAAUUGAAUGAGGUUCCAUUGAUCUGCACGAAAGAAAAGAAAGUAUUGACUGAAAACAAAGCAUUAGUUAAUUGUGUCGAUUCAUUGCAAUUAGAAUCAACUGGUGAGCUUGCCUCUUUCAAGCCCAAUACUGACUUUGGUUUCUCAUCUACUCAACAAAAAUGCGAUUUAUAUAACUGUACAUCUGGGUCUAUUGAUGUUAGACAAUGUCCUAAGAAAGUUGAACUCGAAAAUGCUGAUGAAGUAAAAGAACAAUUAGAUGAACCAUUUGAUGAUUCUUCGAAAGUUGUGCAUCAAAAUAAACCCAAUGAAAAGGUUGAAGUUGUUGAACCAGAAUCUAAGAAGAAAUCAAAACCUAAAAAGAAUGAAAAUGGUGAAAAAGUUAGCAAAUUGGAUAAACCAGAAAACAAAUCUAACCAAAAUACUACAACUUCCUCUAAUGCUGAACAUGCAAAUAAGAUUGAAUCUGGUGAAAGUGAGCCUAAAGUUGAAAGCAAAUCUAACCAAAAUAAUGCAACUUCGUCUAAUGGCUCCACUCAGCCUAAAAAUAAGAUUGAAUCUGAUAAAAGCGAGUCUAAAGUUGAAAGCAAAUCUAACAAGUUAGAGUCAAGUGGUUCGAUCGAGAAGGGAAAAGAUGGUAAAGGUGCAAUUCGUGAUAAAUCUGGUAAAGUUGAAGAAAGCAAACUCGAGGUGGAAAAAUGUUCAAAUUUAGAUGGUUCUAUUGAAGAAACUGCAGUAAACAAAUCGAGUGUGGUUAAGAAAGACGAUGUUGUUGAAGGAAAACGUUUGGAAAAGAGUCCUGAAAAGGCUGAUAAAUUGUCUGUUAAGCGUAAGUCAUUGCUAGCAAAACCAGAGUUUGAUAAAUUAGUUAGCGUACAAUUAGAAAUACCUUUCAUUGGAGGUGCUCUUACAUGGAAAAUGCCAGUUUCAGUGCCUUCAGAUAAGCGACGAAAGUCAAGUUCACUGAAAAAAGAAGAAGAUAGAGAAGAGCUAAACUCUGUGAUAGUUAAACGUAAAUCAUCAAAAGAAUCAACAAACAAUGGUGAUGUUGAUACAGUGUUCAAUUUGGACACAAAAUCAAAGCCAUCAAAACAAGAAACAGAAGCUUCUACUGAAGCAACUAUCAAAACAAAAGUUGACCAUCAAGUCGAUUCACUGCUUAAGCCAGGUCCAACGAUAGAAGCGACUGUCAAUAUCGUUGCAAAUACUGAAAAGGUGCAGAAUAAAAGUCAAUCAGAAUCAGAAAAGAACAAUACUUUAAAAGAAUCUAUCACUAGUAAAGUCGACAAAACGAUUGCAAAUCAACCAUCAAUCAAACCAUCAGACAAACUUAAAUCACCAUCGCCACCUUCAUCGCCAGUGUCACUAUCGGCCAUAAAAACUGAAGAAAAAUCGAAAAGCAAACGAAAAGUUGCAACCAAAAAAGAAGUAGAUUAUAAUGGGAAUGAAAAUGGUCAAAUGAAACCAUCAGAAGUGGACACUUCAGUAAUAAAAUCUCCAGUUAGUACGAUUCGUGAUACAAGUAAAGACGUUGCUUUUGAGUCUCGAAUAACAGAGAAGACAGUCGAUCAUUCGAUGCAAUUCAGUCGAGAACCAUUAGUUACUUCAACUCCUAGAGUGGAACAAAAUCAACCUGAGAACAUCAGUAAUCGUUCUCGUCGCGAUAUGAUUCCUCCAAUGAGUCCAAACAGAAGAGAAAGAAGUUCAACUAGAUCUGUUCGACGUUCAUUGUCUCGAUCAAGAGAUAGACCAAACAUUCCAAUUGUUAGUAAAGGUUACAAUCAGAUGAGUGAGAGUGUUACUUCAAUAGAACCAAAAAGUUCGUCCAUUCGUUCAACAUACUCAGGAAAGUCAAACGAAUCAUUAAGAUUAUUUGCCGAAUCGCGAAUGACUGAAGAUAGAUUGAGUCGUUUUGAUAGUUACAAGUUACAUUUACCCAGUUCUCGAUCAUAUCUCAGACGUUCUUAUGAAUCAUUGAAUGAUAUUUACCAUCGAACGAUUGAUGCUGUUGAAGAUGAUUAUUUACGGGUUAAAAGAACAUACAAUUCCAUCGAUUCAACAAACAAUCAAUUCAAUAGCUACAAUCGUCUUAAUGAUGAGAUGAAAUACAAGUCAAACUAUUCAACUAGAUUCAAUGAUUACCAUUCUUAUAUUGAUCAUAAUCGAUUGGUGAAGUCUCUAGACUACAGUUCUCAUCGUCGCAAGAAAAUUACGUCAACUCAUGAUUACAGAAGAAGACAAUUUAACUCAGAUUAUUCCAUUUCAACUGAUUAUUCUUCAUUAUUCAAUAGCAUCCGUGAUCGGAUAAAUCAAUUGAAAAGUGAUUCUCGUAAACGCUUUAGACAAAUUGAACACGAUUACAUCUAUCAUAGUUGCCCUGACAUAACACUCUUGUCAAGUCAAUCGAUUAAAAGACCAUCAUCUUCAUUGUCUCACAAAGUUCGAAGAAGACAAUCACCAGAAAAGUUAGUUUCCCAUUCACUUGAAGUUAAUCGAUAUCGAUCAAGACCUUCAAAUGAGUCUAAUUAUAUUCGUAGGACAACCAGUUCAUUCAACAUAAAUGGACAAUCUGAACGAGUCAAAACUAGUGGGUCAAGCAGAAACAAUUUCGAGUGUAAAUUGUCCAAUUACACUCCAUAUUACACUUCAGUUCAAGACUUGAACUAUUAUACUCGACGAGUCGAGACAAAAGCACAGUCAGAUAAGAGCAAGAUUUAUACCGAUUACUUGGGCCCUUGGUUUAGCAAUAAUUCAAUCUCUAAUUUAUCUAAUUAUCGUCCAUCGAGGUUGACAUAUUCACAAAUUGAUCAACCAAUUCGUCGACGAGAAUCAUCAUCUCCACCUUCAUUCAGUUCUGAUUAUUGUUUUAAAUCGAAAUUAAAUUUCGAUGAUUACCAUUCAUCUCGAAAUUUAAUUUAUGGCAAUGAAGAUAUUCAUUUUAGACAAUCAAACAAAUCAUCUUCAGUAGCAUCUAAACGUGAAGUUUCAAUCAAAUAUUAUGAUACCAAUGAGAGGUUAAACAAUUUAACGGUUAGUCGAUCAUUUCUCGAUUUAAAUACUUCGUCCAGCCAUUUAUCAAAUGAUUUGGAAUAUAAAUUAGUUCGAGCUCGAUCUAAUUGGGCUCGAACUCAGUCAACAAUUAAGGCUUCAAAUCAUGACAAACCAUUGAAAAGCUUCUCAUCCAAUGAAUCACAAACACUUAAAAAGUUCAUCAGAAAAUAAUAUGAAACAUUUGUCUAAAUCCAACUCAAAAUGUUUAAACAAUUUAUCUACUUGAAAAAUCUAUUCGUUAAUCUAAUUGAACAUAAUCAAGUUAAAACUAAUUGUUGCCAUUAAAACGGAAAUAUCAAUUAUUAAUCUUUAAACGGAAAUUAAAUCAAGGUUGAAUUGAUUUGCGAUUAAAGACAAGAUUAGGUUAACAAUUAAGAGAUUUAAACAAUUAACUCUCUGUUUGGUUUACCAAAUUGUUACUCCAUCAGCAAUGAUCAACUUUCCUUUUCCUAUUAAAAUCCUUUGCUUCAAUGUAACAAUUAAUUGAUAGCAAGUAAACAAUCAAAUAGUAGUUAACAAUCAUUCCCAGUUAAUAGUUUAAUCUUCAACUUGGUAUCUGGUUUAAGUUAACAAUUAAGUCAACACAGUCGUAAUAUGUAACAUUUGUAUCACUCAAAGUGUUAACCAAAUUUAUUUUCACUACAAAAUUGAUCAUUAAAUGAUCUAAAUGUAUUAGUAUUAAGUUUACAAUCAAUUGUAUUAGAUGAUAUUUUUUCCUCUCGAUUCUUGUUUCAACAAUUAGACUCAAUAUUAGCCUGGAUAGAGUAUUACAAGU